CCAUAAUAACGUCUCCUUAGUGACAGCUUGAUGCGGCAAAAUGGAUGUUACUUUCUGAAGUCGACGCUGAAAAGAGUACAAAAUGACUGACAUACUUUGUAAAUGGCUCAACGAUGAGCUUGAUAUAACGCAGCAAGUUGAUCAAGUAAAUUUUGCAAGAGAAUUUGCAUCAGGAUAUCUCAUUGGAGAAGUCCUGAACAAGUAUCAACUUCAAAGUGAUUUUGAUCAGUUCUCUCAGAGCAAGACUGCAGAUUCAAAACUCAACAACUUCACAAGGAUUGAACCAGUUCUUCAUCUCCUUGGUAUUCCAUUUGACACAAAUGUCGCUCGUGAUGUUAUGACAGAGAAACAUGGCGUGGCAACACGGCUUAUGUAUCAGCUCUAUGUGGCAUUGAACAACAAGAAAAAAGCCAACCUUACUGGAGUUGCCAUGGAAACAAUGCGGCCUGCUGCCCCAGCUAAACUGAAUGCUGUGGAAACUGGCAUUUACAAAGAAAGGCUGAAGCAUGCCACACCAAGACAAACAGAUCUGAACCUAGAGGCUUUGGUGCAAACAUUUCAUGAAAAGCAGAUAGAGAUGGAAAAGGUAGCCUUUGCUGAUCGAUUUCGAGAGCAGGAGAGAAUUAAACAGCAACAACAGGACCAACGAAGAGCUUUAUUGGCGAGAUCUCAAAGAUUAAGGGAAAAACAGAGUGAAAUUGUGGCCAAGAUACAAGCGGCCACUGUCAAUAUCCCAAAGCCACCACCAGAGCAGACGGCAAAAGCCAUCCAAAGGAGGAGAGAAAUCAGGAGACGAAGGGAAGCGUCUGAAACAGUAGAUGCCAUUUCUCAGUUUGAAGACAAAAUGAAGAUGAUUUUGCCCCCAUCCAAAGAUGAUGAUGGAGAGGUAAUAGAUGUGCAGUACAUUUUGACCAGAGAUGAGGAUCGUUUGAUGGAUGCCAUUGAGCUCAUCAAGCCUGCCUCAAAUGAUGACUACAUUGGGAAGAUCAGAAAGAGGCUGCAUGAAGACGAGUCUGCUCGAGCUGAGCGGGAAAAGAGAAGGCGGAAGGUUCUGGUGGAUCAAAUGAAGGCCCAUGAAUCUCAAGAGGAAGCCAGACGGGAAGAGAUGUUGGUGAAUCGCUUGAUGAGGCAGUCCCAACAGGAGAGAAGGAUUGCAGUACAGCUGUUGCAGGCCAGGCACGAGAAGGAAAUCAUCAGAAAGAACAGGAUCAUCCGUGAGAAGCAGUACGAGGAGCGAAGGCUAAAGGACUUUGAGGAUGCUCUCAACAGAGAGUCUGAAAUGGCUCGUUUGGCAAAACUGGAAUAUGAAGAGCAGACCAAAAAAGACCAGGAACUGCAUGAUAAGAUUGCAGCUGAACGUGCAGAGGCCAGGUACACCAAGCACUACGAGAGCUGUAAUGAAGUUGUAAACCAGCUGGUGGACUUCGCUUGCAAAGUGGCCGAGUACAGAGAACUGACUGAAAAAUUAGUACCAGCUAAGUUAAUGAGGGAGUGGAAGUCUUUGUUCAUUGCUGGUAAGCCUUUAUAUGAACAAGCCCCUCCCCCAGAGUCUACAGAACCCUCCCCAGAGCAGAUACUGGAGGAAGAAAGGCAGGCCUUGCUAGAUGAGGGUGACUUCGGUGAAUAUAAGACUAUGACAGGAGAGUGGCAGCCACCAGACAGUGGUGAAGUGACUCAGCCACCACGAGACAACCCCAUCACAGGGCAUGUCAUCCAGAGGCUCUUCAACAUGGUCUCGCCCCCAACUCCACCCCCACCACCUCCAGAGUUUCCUGCCUUCCCUAUCAGAGCAUGUGUUCUAGGGAAAGUGUUCAGUGGAAAGAGUACUGUUGUUCAACAAUUGGCUAAAGAACACAGACUGCAAGUUUUAGAUGUGGACACACUGGUCAGUGAGGCUGUGCAGGCCCAUGAGAAUGGAGAAACAAUGGCAGUCCAGGACAAGAAAAAAUCAAACAAAGUAAAAAAGGAACCAGAAGUGGAAGAAAUUAAGGAUGCAGCCCCUUCAGACCAGGCUCUACAGCCUGCAGGAAUUACAAUAAAUAUUCGUGCCCCGACUGGGGAAGGCUCAAUUACCCUACCAGAGACAGAUGUGGCCCCACCUUCUGAUAACCAGACAGAGGAGGUUCCAAAGACAGAUCCUGAUCCCACAGCUCCGCCAGCCACAGAACAACCCCAACCCCAAGAACUUCCCCCUCCCAGUCCUCUCAAAAGGACAAAGUCCAAAUUGUCGAAGGAAAAGAAACUAGUGCCUGACGAGCCUGAGCCAACUCCGAAAGCAAAACUUGGAGCCAAGGCCCUGAAAUACCUAAAGAAAGGGCAAGCCAUUGAUGAUCAAGUGAUCGUAGAUAUACUCAUAGAAACAAUCAGAUGGAUUCCUGAAGAAACUGGUUGGGUGAUAGAUGGUUUUCCCACCAAUCUCUACCAGGCCAAAGUUCUAGAGAAAGCCCUGACUGGAUUUGCUGCUGGUGAUAAAAAAGGUGACAAAUCAACCGCAAAAAUGAAGAAAUCUAACCUUGUCAAAGAUCCUCGUCCGACCCCGCCAGCCCCAGAACCUGCCAGUGGCCUGGAUGUGGUCAUCAACUUCGAGGUUCCUGAUGACCUGUGUCUUAAGAGGUCUGCUGGCCGAUUGUAUGGGAUGCAAGCCAAUGAACAGUACCACCAGGAAUUCAAACCACCACCAGAGGGUAGUAUGACAGGGGUAGGAAAACAGGAACAGGUAGUCCCCAUUCAGGAUAUGUCACAUGACCAGGAUCAAAUUCAACAAAGGAUAACAAGACAUUUGGACUCUUGGCCAAAGAUUGAGAAGUGGUACAAUAAGUUUGGAGUGCUGGCUCAUGUAGAUGCUUCUCAGGGAGCACGCUCUGUUUAUUUAGAAGUGGAGAAAAUCCUAGAGGAUACACUGGCCAAGCUUCAAGGAAUUGGAGUGGAGCCAGAGCCUGUCCCAGAACCAGUGGAGGAAAAGAAAGAAGAGCCACCUGCACCACCUCCAGAACCUCCAAAAGAGGAACCACCACCGGAGGAGAAAACAUCCAGAUCAUCAUCCAGAAAAGGAUCAGGAAAGAAAUCUCGACCAUCUUCAUCCAGAAGUAAAUCGCCCAAAGAUAAAAAGGGUCGAGAUAAGAGCUCCUCUCCCAAACGGAGCGCCAAUAGUAAGAAGUCCGAGGCAGGAAGUAAGAAAGGAAGCAGAGGUUCAUCACCAAAGUCAAAGAAAGGGUCUGGUAAGAAGGGUAAGACCCCUGAACCAGAACCAGAACCGGAACCACAAGAACCAACGGGUCCACCCCCACCAGAACCGGGAUCAGAGGAGUGGGAAUUUGUCAAUCUGCCUCUUGAAAAAGAACUGGCAGAAGUUUUGGCUAAAUACUGGGAGAAUGUGGAAAAAACUUAUGUUGGGAACAGUAAACAUGUUUUCCGUAAGCUGAGAGAGGAAAGAGAGAACAUCUACAGAUACUUCUUUCAGAUCAAAAAGGACUAUCUUGCUUAUCUACGUCGACCAGACAAUAAGGAGGUUUAUGUUAACCAAUGGCAAAAGGAAUAUAAUGAUGUACCAGAUGACAUGCGAGAGGACGAAGAAACCAAAGCAGAACUUCACCAACGGGUGGAUGACCUCAGGGUCAAAUUAUGGGACAUCUGUGAUGAACGCAAGGCACAGGCUGAGAAGGAAAGGCAGGCCAUCAUGGACGACGGUUGGUUGGACGAUCGACUGGGACUGCUCAGUAAUUUCUACUUGACUCAGAUGCAGGGUGAAGUUGACAGAUACCAGGAUACAGUUCGAAUGUUGAAAGAUUAUUAUAAAGGCAUGGAUGGACACUAUCCUGAGGAACUCAAUACUAACUUUUCCAGGAUUCCUCUCAUUGAGCUUCCAGUGGAGAGAGCUGAGUCUCCUGAUAAAUCUGAGAGUGAGACAGCAUCCAACCCACCCCCAGCAGAGGAGAGAAGAGACAGUGCUAAAUCAGACCGUCCCAAGUCUGGUCGCUCAAAAUCUGGUCGUUCUAAAUCACCAAAAUCCCCGAAGGAAAGGAAAUCCAGAACUCCCUCCGCCAAGAAACGAGACAAGAGCAAGGAAAAGAAAGAAGCAAGUGAUCAAACACCAGCGGAUGAGACAGGCAAAAAGAAAAUCCCCUUGGUGCCCAGGAGACCUGUAUCUCCUGAUCCAGAUUCCAAAGCAGCAGGUGCUGGUAAGGACAAGAAAGACAAGAAACCAGGAAAGAAAGAUGAUGGUGGAACAGAGAGUCCUGCACCUCCAAUGGAUCCGGAUGAGAAACUCCUCUUUGAUGGCUUCCUGUCAGGCUCUAAUGCUCUCGCUACGAUUCUACAAGGUGAGCAUGCUGCCAGGGAGGCAGAGGAGGAAGCAGAUCGAAGGAGAGAAGAAGAGCAAGAACGAGAGAAAGCAGCUGCCGCUCAAAAAGCAGCUGCAGGAAACAAAAAAGGGGGUAAAAAGGGCAAAAGUAGAAGCCCUUCACCCAAGAAGAAAAAGGAUGAUUCCGCAUCUACUCCAACUCCAGUUUCAUCAGAGGAGUUGAGUGAAGAGGACAAACAAAAGAAAGAACAGAGAGAAAGAAUGAGACAGGAGUUUUAUUUUGCCAUUCAGGAAGAAGAAACUGCUGCUAAAAAGAGAUUAGAGUUGAUUAAGAGCCAUGGCAUUGGAGUGUUACAAGAUCUGAAGUCUAAAGCAGAUAAUUCCUACAAAGAAAUGAAUGACUGGCUGGGAGCAAGGUUCUUGAAAGAAAUGGAGAGCAUUGAUCAGAUGUCUGAGGCUAUCCGAUAUGCCAUUGAAAAGCGACAGAAAUUAAAAGAAGAGCUUGUGCUGCAACAAGAAGAUUUUCUUAUCAACACUGAGUUGAAGGUGUUGCGUUCUCCAAGCCCAGCCCCUCCUCCUGUCAUACAGGAAGUGGUCAUGCCUGAGCAUUUUACUGUUAGUCAGUUACUGAACCUAUAUCAACAGUUCACAGCCACAGGUCCUACUGGGGUCAUGUCUAAGCAGUCCUUUGUAGAGACUUUUGAGAAUAUGGUGUCUGUUGCAUUUGGAAUGGAGCAACUUCCAGAUAUAUGGAUGAAUAUCUCCCCUCAGCAGGUACAAGAAAUUGCAAAUGGGCUGUCAGCUAAUGUGGAAUAUGUGGAUUGGCGUCGGUUCCUGAUUGCCAUAGCCCAGCCUCUGCCAUCACCCACACAAACAGAACUUCUGGAGACCUUGCAAAAGUUCAAAACAAUGGACCAAAAAUCUACAGGCUUUGUUACUAGGGAACAAUAUGAUAGGAUGGACAUUUGGUUUGGCAGCCAGUCCAUGAAAGAUGAGGAGUUUGACCGGUCAGCAAAACUAAAGGCAGCUUUGUUUGAUUUCUUUGCUGACCACAGUAAAACACCACCAGUUAUGAAUUACGUUAGCAUGCUGAUGUACUUCAGUGCUUCUCCGAAUGCCAGUGAGGGGUUCCUCCGAGCACUAAGUGUAACCUCUGGCACACAUAUGCCACGACUACCUCGUCCUGAGUUAAGGGCCCCCAGCAGAUCUGACAGUAAUCCUGACAUUGUUGAGGAUCAUUCUCCCUCGCCACCGACUCCCGUAGACAUUCCCGAUGAUGCCAUCAAUGCCAAGGUGCCACUAGAAGCUCUGUAUCAGGUGUUACACCAUGGAGAGAAUGCCAGUGGUGACAGCCACCGUUUCAGUGUUUCGGCAGAUCCUGAGGAUGCCACAUCAAUGGAGAAGUUGUCCAGUGUAUAUCAGGAGUUAGGAAGUGAGAAUCUGGAACCUCUCUGCUACAAAGUCCUUGUUGAACACCCCCUGAUACAGGAUGUUAUGACUGCCUGCCAAACAUUUAAAUCUCUGGAUAUCCGUGGAAUACUAAAUAAUCCCGCCCAUGAUGUAGAUCUGCACAGCACAAAAACAUUGGAAUAGACAUAAUGCUUGAUGGGCAUUGCAAAUAUUGAGAAUUGAUAUACUGUAGUUUAAAAAAAGAAAAUUGUAUUUGAAUGUAAAGAUUGUGUGUGUGUGUGUUUUUAAAUUGUACAUAAAUACAUGUAUGUUAUAGUUUUUUCAUACAUAUGUAGAAUAGACCAAGCAUUUUGAUGUGAAUGUUAUACUCGUGUUUAUGCAAUCUGUGAUGGAUGUUUCACGACUUGUGACUCCAGCACAUACCAGAGGCACUGCAUUUGACUGUGAUCAGCACCAGGUGAUGGGAUUUGAAGUGAUGGGAGGGGCAAAUUCAAUACUGGCACAAACUGUAAAGGCGCAUUUUUUUUUUUAACCAUGUAUGGAUUUGUCGCUGGCAUUAUGGACUUCCUAUUAUGGGCUGGUUCCCUUAAAGGAUUUUGUCUUUAAAUUUGAUGGAUAUAUCAUAUGUGAUUUAUUUUUGUGCUAUAUGUCUAUUUUUUACAAGAGUAAGAUAUAAUUAAUGUUCUGUGAUAAUUUUGAAGAAAUAAUUUUUUAAAACAUGAAUAAUUGUUCAAUAAACAUGAUUUGAAAUAGAU